AUGGUUGCACUCUCUGGCAACGACUGCCAAGGCGAGGCAGAACAACCUUCAGCACAAAAUUAUUGGGGUCUCGGGGCGGAGCUCAAAGAGGUAUUCACACAACUGAACAGUCCACAAAUUCACGAGCAAAUCCUCCUUCAAUUUCUAGAGAGAUCAACUGCCUAUUUCAACGAAAUGCAAGCUUCUACAACAAAAAAUGUAUUUUGGUUGCCCAAUAAUGAGUUGCAGCAACUCAUCAGCUUCUGGACACGUACUAUGAUUUCCUGCUGGAGAUCGCUCAUGAACAAUGGAUACCUCAAUGAUUGA